UUUUCAGGAAGUCGCUUUGUGACAACAUGCAAAGAUAAGAAAAUACGGGUGAUUGAUUCGCACACGGGUGAAGUGCUUCGUCAGGGCAACGGUCAUGAGGGAGUGAAACCGCAACGUGCAAUUUUCCUGAAAGAUGGCAGAAUUUUCACAACCGGUUUCACAAAACGAUCCGAAAGGCUUUAUGCGCUUCGUACACAAGAUAAUCUGGACGAGCCGUUGGUGCAGGAGGAGCUGGACACAAGUAAUGGUGUAUUAUUCCCUCUCUAUGACGAGGACAGUAAUCUUGUUUAUUUGGCUGGAAAAGGUGACUGUGCGAUUCGCUAUUAUGAAGUGAACAAUGAGUAUCCGUUCGUGCAUUAUAUCAAUACCUACACAACAUCGGAGCCGCAACGGGGAAUUGCAUUUAUGCCCAAACUUGGCCUCAAUUCCAAUGAAAAUGAGAUUGCACGUAUUUAUAAAGUCACAACCAAGGGAGUUGUGGAUGAAUUACAGUUCUUCGUACCGAGAAAAUCGGAUUUGUACCAGACGGAUUUGUAUCCGGAUACCCGCAGUCAUAUCCCAGCACUCACUGCCGAGCAGUUUAUUGAGGGCCAAAAUGCUCCGCCGAACUUGGUACCAGUGAACCCAGAUGCAGCCAUCGCCAAGCCAAAAGUACAAGUGGCCAAAAAAGCCAACAUUCUUGCUCAGCUCCCACCCAGCCAGGAGUCGGCCCCACCUCGUCAGCAAGUUGAGCAGAAAAGAAUUUCCUCAUAUGAAGAUGUAACUCGCGAGGAAUCGGCCGCUUUAUCCCGGCAGUCAGCAAGACCGAAAAGCAUGCUUGUUGGACCAGUGGACGAGGAUACCGGUAUCGUGAGGAUAGAACGUGCUGGUACCGGUGGUAGUGGCGGCGGUGGAGCAGCCCCGGAACGUGAACAACGUCCACCGAGACCGCGUAGUCCGGAACGUCCAAAUCCGAUGAUCCCUCGCCAACAGGUGCAGCUGCGAUCGCAUAUGGACAGAGAUGGCGCACAGAUGACCCCAGGCCAGAGGAGAAUAACGGCUGAUUUGGAACGCAUCAAGAGAGAGAAGGAUCGCGAGCCGGAUCGAGACGAACAACUUGCACCGCCACAGCAAAUGAUGCAUUCGAAUUCGGCAUCACCAAGGCAUAGUGUAAGCGGCGCAUCCGAGGUGAUAUCACUGAGCUUUAUCAUUUGUCCUCAAUCUCGGGACAAACUGGCUAUAAUAGUUACGUGA